GUGUGGCUAGCUUGUCUCGAUGCAGCCGUCGCUAGCUAAACAAACAUGGCUCUGCUACAUGGUCAGACAGCAUACCUUGGCGAUACCCAGGCGGACGAUAACGCGACGAUCAAUGAGAGACGUGCUAAAUGUGCAGCUGUAGAUGGAGACUCGGUGUGAAGUGACGCUUUGUAGCCCAGUGUAGCCCUUUUCGAGCGUGUUUACACACAGCGGGGUUAGCUCCUCCAACUGGCUAAUGUGAGCUAACAAGAUGGACCUUGGAACAAUGUUGUACAACAAUUUAAAAGAAGUUACAUGGAGUACGACGUCCCUGCCAUUGGAUCAACUCGUCAGUGCUUACCGACUGCCUCAAAUUGUCAAGCUUGACAACGGUCAGUUGGUCGAAGGGCUAAGAGACAACGACUACCUCUUGAUACAUUCUUGCCGUCAGUGGACCACUAUCACUGCCCACAGUCUGGAGGAGGGACACUAUGUCAUCGGGCCCAAAAUAGAGAUCCCAGUGCAUUAUGAAGGCCAGUUCAAGCUAUUGGAGCAGGACAGGGACGUCAAGGAGCCGGUGCAAUACUUCAACAGCGUGGAGGAGGUGGCCAAA